AUGCCACAAAACGAAGAAACCGAGUGUUUGGCUCCUCAGCAAGAGACUCCAAUGCAAAAUACGACCAAAAAUGAAUCUUCACCAAAUUUGACUAAAAUCAAGAAGAAGAAACCAAAAAAGAAGACCGGGGCUCCCGCAGAACCAAUCUCGGAGUACUAUCAAAAGGCCCUUGUAGACUAUCCCGUCAGCCUUAGAAAUACAAAAGCCAAAGGAAGACAUGCUGCUGCUUCAGGUCCAAUUGCUGAAGGAACAACUGUAUGCCACGAACAAGCCACGGCCUUUGUGGUUCGAAGUGAAUUUAUCGACCAACAAUGUCACGUCUGCCUUGAUACCCUUGCCACAAAACUCAUGUGCUCGGAUUGUAAGAAAUCCUUUUAUUGCUCCCAGGCGUGCCUGGAUCGAGAUACAACCCAUCCAAAGGUGUGUUCGAUCAUAAGCCAAGUCGAUACAAUCGGCCGCUCAACAGACACAGAUCCAGAUCUUUUGCGUCUUAUGGUUCUUUUGAUGGCCGAGAGAAUGGAAGAAGCAGAUAUCCCCGAAGAAAACAAAACAGAAUACAAGCCCCUAUCCCAAACACCUUACUGGUGUGUCGAGGAUCUUUUGAGCCAUCGAGAACAUGCUGAUCGAGCAUUUAUUAACGUGCUAACAGAAGCUUCCCAAAGAUUGGUUUCAGAAAUGCCAGAAUCUAUGGCUAUGUCAGUUGAUGAUAUGGUAACACUUGCUUGCAGAAUCAACUCAAAUGCACAUGGCUUGGGUGACAACCAAUCUCGUAAUACAGACGUUGCACUGGGUCUAUUUCCUGUAGGCGCCAUGUUCUUUAACCAUGCCUGUAAUCCUAAUACUGCUUUUGUGGGUAUGCCAAACGGCCAAUUGGCUUUUCGGACAAUCAGACCAGUCAAGACCGAUGAAGAACUCACAGUAAGCUAUAUUGAUCUCUACGCUUCACGCGAUGAGAGACGUCAGGACCUUCUCAAGACAAAGCAUUUUUGGUGCAAAUGCAAGCGGUGUACGACCCCGAUGGAAAAUUCCGUUGACCGGUUUUUGCAGAGUGUAGUCUGUACUUCCUGCAGUAAAGACGUAUAUGUUAUUCCACCAGCCUCCAUAGAAGAGCUAAACAAGGGCGAAAAGAGUCUAGGAGAAACAUGGACUUGUGCAGGAUGUGGCCAUGUAGCUUCAGUAUCCAAGGUUAAUGAGGCUAUUGAGAAAGCUAAUGCCUCUUACACAGCUGGUAUGUACGCUCUUCGUCAAAGACGCGAUUACCGCUCUGCAUGUCGCCAGCUUGAGCCUCUUGCAAAAACUGUUCUUCCAAGUCAAGCAACGAAACUCCCUGCUGGUGAAAUCCAUCCUCAAAACUCUAUCCGGCUCAAUGCCUCUAUACCCCUUUUGAAUUGCCUUCGUCAUCAAGACAACAUCAAGGGCGCUAUCGAAGUCAACCGUACUAUUCUAGAUGUCCUUGAUGAACAUGCUAAGCAGAGCCUUCCAGACAAGACAGCCGAGAUCUCUGAUUUCUGGCAAAAUUUAGGUGAGCUAUGUGAUGCCAUGGCCGAGCAAUGCCGUGUAUCUGGCCGACAACCACUUCAAAAGAAGUGGUAUAAGGAAGCCAGAGAUGCCUACUCACAGGCUGCCAAAGUAAGAGCUGUUGUAUUUGGUCCUGAACAUCCCAAGACACAGUUCGUAGAAAGAUGUGCAUUGCGCGUCUAACAUAUUCUCUAGGAUUAUUUUUUUCCUAUUUUUUUAAUCAUUUCAACCUUCAUACUACUAUUCACUUAUACUCAUGUACAGCAUUAUAUUAUCCUAUAAAUCCACGCAAAUGUUUAUAUUAUACUCGUCUUUCCAACAAAAUAAAAUACAAUACAAUACAAUAAUACGAUACCUUGUAACAU